AGCAGGUUCACAGAAUCCAGGGACUGGGCACCUUCCGAGCUGGGAAAAGGUGCCCUCCCACUCCAACUAAUUUCUCUACAAGCCUUGGUUUUAACAGGUGUCGGUGCCUACCGUGGACGCAUUCUUACCUGGGCCCUAUCUCUCUCUGGAGACUUUAUGCCUAUGGUUGGCGGCGGAGUGAGGUCGUUGCCUUGACGACGACAGCAUGCGACCCGUGGUCCUUCGAUGUGUGAGCUUGGGGCAGGCCGAGGCCAAUCUGCCUCCGUGCCUGCUUCACCUGGGACCCGUGACUGUGUCUGCUUAAAGAAGCGUAUUAGCACUAAAAUUGGUAGUUUGCUAAUCAGCAUCCUUUAUACCUGCGAGCGAGAUGAAUUUCAGCUCACAUUUGUUUCCAAGUUGAAAACCUUUGGGUCUUUCCACGUGAGAGGAUAUUAAAGAAACACAAGAAAAAAUUCUCCUGGUUUUGAGUCAAAAUGGAAAAAUAUGAGAACCUAGGAUUGGUUGGAGAAGGGAGUUACGGAAUGGUGAUGAAGUGUAGGAAUAAAGAUAGUGGAAGAAUUGUAGCCAUCAAGAAGUUCUUAGAAAGUGAUGAUGACAAAAUGGUUAAAAAAAUUGCUAUGCGAGAAAUCAAGUUACUAAAGCAACUGAGGCAUGAAAAUCUGGUGAAUCUUUUGGAAGUGUGUAAGAAGAAAAAACGAUGGUACCUAGUCUUUGAGUUUGUUGACCAUACCAUUCUUGAUGACUUGGAACUCUUUCCAAAUGGACUAGAUUACCAAGUAGUUCAAAAGUAUUUGUUUCAGAUUAUUAAUGGAAUUGGAUUUUGUCAUAGUCACAAUAUCAUACACAGAGAUAUCAAGCCAGAGAAUAUAUUGGUCUCCCAGUCUGGUGUUGUCAAGUUAUGUGAUUUUGGAUUUGCACGGACACUGGCAGCUCCUGGGGAAGUUUACACUGAUUAUGUGGCAACCCGGUGGUACAGAGCUCCGGAACUAUUGGUUGGGGAUGUCAAGUAUGGCAAGGCUGUUGAUGUGUGGGCCAUCGGCUGCCUGGUAACUGAAAUGCUCAUGGGGGAGCCCCUCUUUCCUGGAGAUUCUGAUAUUGAUCAGCUAUAUCAUAUUAUGAUGUGUUUGGGUAAUCUCAUUCCAAGACAUCAAGAGCUAUUUUAUAAAAAUCCUGCAUUUGCUGGAGUAAGGUUGCCUGAAAUCAAGGAAAUGGAACCUCUUGAAAGACGCUAUCCCAAGCUCCCUGAAGUUGUGAUAGAUUUAGCAAAGAAAUGCUUACAUAUUGAUCCCGACAAAAGGCCCUUCUGUGCUGAGCUUCUGCACCAUGAUUUCUUCCACAUGGAUGGGUUUGCUGAGAGGUUUUCUCAGGAACUACAGUUAAAAAUACAGAAAGAUGCCAGAAAUAUUUCUUUAGCUAAAAAGUCCCAAAACAGAAAGAAGGAAAAGGAAAAAGAUGACUUCUUAGGCGAGGAGAGAAGCACACUUGUGGUACAGGAUUCCAAUGCUGAUCCCAAAGUUAAGGAUUCUAGAGUAUUUAAAAUAAAAGGGUCAAAAAUUGAUGGAGAAAAAGUUGAAAAAAUCAGUCGAGUUGCAAAUGCCAGCUGUCUCCAUGACAACGGGACUAGCCACAUCAAAACAGUGCCUUCAACAAGCCUCAGAGAUGGCAGCAAUAGCAGCGUGGACCACGCGAGGAAUCCAGGCCCGGCAAUUCCCCCACUUGCACACAACCUUUCUGCAGUCGCUCCUGGUAUUAAUUCUGGAAUGGGGACUAUGCCAGGAGUUCAGAGUUACAGAGUGGAUGAGAAAACCAAGAAGUAUUGUAUUCCAUUUGUUAAACCAAAUAAACAUUCUCCACCAGGCAUUUAUAAUAUUAAUGUGACCACAUCAGUCACUAGUGAAAAGAGCCUACUUCAGGCAAAUAGGAAAAGAAGAGAGUACUCAAAGACAGAUGUCCAUUUGCCUGAAUUAAACUAUAAUCAUCUCCCUGAACUAAGAGCCUUGGAAGGCAUAGCUCGAAAUUCCAGGCUAAUAAGGAAAGAGAACAAAAAUCUUCCAGAAUCUCGAAUUCCUUCUCUGGCUGCUAUUGACUUGCAUGCCUCCAGUGUUGCAUUGCCUCAGGUACCGGCAUCUCCCUUGUCAGAUGAUUCGGAGGCUGAGUUGCCUCGAAUGGAACACCAGUACUGAAUGUCAGUUUGGUUCUGAACUGGAUGCUGCUCUGGCACUUGAGAUGCAACUUGGAACAAAAGUGCUGAUAUCUUAGGAGGAGAUAUACGUGGUUUUGAUCAUUCACUUCUGAAUUGCCUGCAUCUUCUGAGAAAGGUCUUGCAGAAGGAAAGACAAAGAUUUCCAGGUGUUUUAAAGGAAGAUUAAACACGUGUCUCUCCCCAACUGCCAUCCUAUCACCUUUCAAGUGGCUGAUGCUAUUUCAUGUUAUAUCCAAUGAAAGAAUAGUGAUAUAUGGUUCUUGUUACUUGAAUGUAUAUUUACUAUUAGUAGAUUGUGUAUUUAAAGUUACCCAAGAUUAAAAGUAAGUAAAAAAACGGAGAAACACGUAAGAGUUCAUGUUACUUGUGCAUCGGACUUUAUGUGUUAUCUGUGUUAAUGUGCACAUUUAUGUAGGAGUGUGUUUGGUGGGUGUGGGCACUACAAACUAGAAUCUGUUGAAGAAAAUGAAAAAACUAGGACCAGUCAGAAAAAAUGUUUCCUUUACCUAACUUAACUAUAAAAACACAUUUAAGAAUCUUGCUUGUUUCUAGGCUUUUAGAAGAUAUGUAACUGCUCUCUACGGAUAGAUGUAUUUCUUUGGUUUCUGUGGUUAUUGUUGAUGUUUGAUCAGUGCAUCCUGGGACUAUGCCUCUCUGCUGGUCUUCUGAGAGCCACACUAGUGCAAGUUUCACAAAGAACCCUUUUGUUUCUAGCAACCUAGUAUGGCUGACACUGGGUACUUUCUGCACUGUAAGAUUCUGGUGCUAAUGUUCCCGUGUGCUGGAGCGUGAUUAGAACAAGAGUGGUAAAGGAGAAUUUUGUGGGUAUACCUUGCAGUUGAAUAUUGAAUCAUUGACAAAAGAGGUAUGUGUACAAAAUUAGGAGAUGGGAAGCAGGGUUACCAAUUGACUAGGACUGGUUACUCCUCUCCAGGCCAAUUGCUAUUAACUGCCCCACCGAGGCGGCUUUGGGCAGCGAAUGUGUGUUGUUAGGAACACCACUCCUAUCCACUUAUGGUGUGAAGGAGAUGUUAGAUGGAACAUCUGUAUAAAAUAUCCCAGACAUAUUCCUGUCUUCUUGUUUCCUUAAACACUUAGGCCUUCUGAAAAGCUUUUAACCAAGGUGCAAAAUUAUUAACCUACAGUACACACAUCUUUUUUAAUGCACUGGUCCACGCGUUUUAGGUAGGAGAGCUAAAUUGCUUUGGCUCCAGGUUUUUGGUUUCUGGGUCUCCAGUCAUGCUUCCCAUCUGUCAUUUUAGAGAAUGGUUGUUAAGGGGACCAGGAUUUGUGUGGGGAUUUUUUUGCCUUACAAUUAAUAGUGUGUUUUUCCCCCCAAAAGAACUUAGACCAAGAAUUUAACUAGCACUUUUCUCUAUUACUUAUCCUGUGGAGCUCAAUAUUGAAAUUCUAAAUAUAGUUACUUGAGCCUCAAAAAAGGUAGGAUAUUCAGUAGGAUAUAAGGGGCUGCAAUGUGAAAGUCUACCGAUGGAUCAAUUAACAUUUGAUCUUGAUUUCGAAGCUCUGUGUUUCACCUCUUUCCCCGUGUUCGACGAGACCAGGUAUGGCUCACAGACUGAGCUAAGUUAGUGCAUAGAUGGGCAUUAAUAGGCCUCACAUUAAAAUAUUAUUUUUACUAUGAAUAAUGUUGCCAACAGCCACCACGACAUAAAAAGCAGACAAGACUUAGAAACCAAGGAGCUGUCCAGCUUAUUUCGAUGUUAUUUUCAUUUAAAAAUCGGUGUGAAAAUAUCACCUCAAUGCCUGAGGGUCUAGGGUCAGUUACAUUUUUAUUCUAUAUUUGCUUUUGGUAUCUCAUAUCUAUUAAAACAUUUUGUGAACUUUAGAAUUAAGAAACUAAAAAUUAUUUACUGUAAGUCCAAGCUGAGACUUGAGGAUCAUAUCUGGUUAGAAACUUGGCAGAACUAAUUGAAAAAGAAGAUUUUGCAAACUGGGGCUAUAGACACUGAAGUAAAAUAAUCCUCUCAUUUUUUUUUCAGUUUAAGAUUGCUUUGUCUUUCCUCACAAGGGUAUGAUUCAGUCACAUACAAAUAGGAAAUAUGUGUAUGAACUUGUUAGGGAAAAUGGGCUUGCUGUGUGUAUGUAUGUUUUAAAAUUA